GACGUCCUGCGAUGACGUUAAUUUCAUCAUCAGCUCCAUUCCGCUGAUUUUAAAUGCCUACAAACUAAAGCCACCGCUCACCGCCUGCUUCCCUCUUCCUCUGUUUGUUUCCUGCCUACUUUAUUUUCCAGCUCCAUCACUCCAAGGAAGACCAUGGCGUGUGAUCAGGGGUCACCAUCACAUUAUCCGCACUGCCCAGCUGGAUCAGCAGUGGUUUGUACACUUAGCGUUGUUCCACAGGGUAGGAAAAACGUGGAGUUGAAAAGUGAGGAGUCCAGCAAUGAGAAGGUUGAACUGACGGUGGGUGUGAAAGGCUCCAAACCCCAAAUGUCCAUCAAGCUUUCCUCGUGUUUUUGUGAGGACAGUGAAGCCUGCGUGGCUCAUCACCACAGUGAUGAUUCUCUUUAUGCAAAAGUGGAGCCAUCACUGAUGGACAUAGAGAGUGGAAAGAACAAAGAGACCGCUGCAGCACAAAUACAGACUCCGAGCACAAAGCCCAAGGCUAGGACGCUGGUAGCAUGCAGACAGCUGAUUGAUGCGAAGGAGGGGGCCUCUCUCAGGGACCAAUGUGAGAUCACUCACACACUGUUCACAGUCAUUCCCUCUCAAACGUUUGGGCUGGAAAUGUUUGAAUCAUACUCUCCUCUGCCGUUACUAACACUCGAAGGGGCUGUAAGAUUGACGAGCACUGACCCCAUAAGGACCUCUUCUGUUCAUGCAUCCAUUGCUGGAAAAGCUUCGCUAUGCGCUGCUCGACAGGGUGAAGCACCAGGGUUGAACAUGAAGCCGUCUAACAUCACCAGAGAGGGAAAAAAAAGCCAGUAUUACAAAGACCUUUGCCUGCAGAUAGAGGAGAGGAAGCGGCAGAUAGAAAAGGAGCGAAGUAGAAACACUGUUGACGAACGAAAGCACCAUGACACCAUGCAGCACUCCAUCUGGGGGAUGCCAGGAAGUGGUGCCCCAAACUACCACCUGGGCACAGCAAAAAGGACCAAUAGCCUUUACACCGCAGGGAUUUUACCCCAAGAGCAGCCCACAAUUGUGCCCUACGAGGAUUUUGAUGUCGUAGCAGACAUCAAGGCCAUUCGGAAAGCCUGCAAAGGCUUUGGAACUGAUGAACAGGCCAUCAUUGACAUCCUGGCAAACCGCAGCUCAUAUCAGCGUCAGGAAAUUAAACAGGCCUAUUUUGAUAAAUACGAUGAUGAGUUAGUGGAUGUGUUGAAGAGCGAGUUGUCGGGGAGCUUUGAGAAGGCUAUCCUCGCCAUGCUGGACCCGCCCGUCAUCUACGCUGUGAAGGAGCUGAGGAAGGCCAUGAAGGGAGCGGGCACAGAUGAAGACGUCCUGGUGGAGAUCCUCUGCACCGCCACCAACGCCGACAUCGCCUUGUUCAAGGAAUGCUACUUUCAAGGUAAGCCAAUAUGCAAAUGAAGCCUUUAACUUUUC